GAGGAGCUCCGCGCGCAGGUCUCACCUCCUCUUCUCUUCCUCCGGAUCUCCUCCUCUCCAUCAUGGAUCCUCCUCGGGCUCGCGCCCCUCGCUCUGCCGGAUAAACUUUUCUGGACUUAAGCUCGUAUGAUGGGAAUAUACUGUGUGCGCGCUCGGCCCCGUGGAUCUAUACAGUCUUGAUGGAAACCAUGUCACCGCAGCAGGGGACCAUGGGACAGAACAGGUCGGACUCUCUGACGGGACAGAGCAAGGCGCUCCCAGACAACAAAAAGAAGAUGAAGACCUUGGCCCAGAGACGACAGUCAGCUCCCUCGCUGGUCAUCAGCAAAGCGCUUACCAGAUCGAGAAGCACAUCCAGGGAAAGCUGCAUGACGCCAGUCAGUCCAGAGUCCUGUUCCCUGGUCCAGGCCUUCCUGGCUGAGUGUCCACGCCGCCUGUUCCUGGGUCAUGCCCAGACGCAGCUAAAGACGGGCCUGCAGACCCAGGAGAGGCACCUCUUCCUCUUCACUGACACACUGCUUGUCGCCAAGGCAAAGUCCCCAACCCACUUCAAAGUGAAGUCCCAGGUCCGAGUGUGUGAAAUGUGGACGGCCAACUGCAUGGAGGAGGUGUGCGAGGGAAGCACCAACCCCGAGAAGAGCUUCGUCAUGGGUUGGCCCACCUGCAACUGUGUGGCCACCUUCAGCUCGGAGGACAUCAAAAACAAGUGGCUGGCACUCAUCAAGAGUCGGAUACUCGAGGGAAAAGAGAAAGACGACCCCAAAACCAUCCCUCUGAAGAUAUUUGCAAAGGAUAUUGGAAACUGCGCAUAUGCCAAGACGCUCGCAGUGAGCAACACUGACAGCACCACUGAUGUCAUCCGCAUGGCUCUGCUGCAGUUUGGCAUAUCUGGCUGCGUUAAAGACCACCGGUUGUGGGUGAGCUCCAGUAAGGACGACCCUCCGUACCCUCUUAUCGGCCACGAGUUCCCCUUCAGCAUUAAGAUGAGCCACAUUCGGGACAGUGGGAGCAGUGGAGGAGGAGGAGGAGCCGGGAGGGAUCCAGCCAGUCCCACCGACUGUCCAGGGGUGCUGCUGCUGGACCAGUGUCUCCCCCCAGACACACAGUGCCAGUUCAUCCUCAAGCCCAACAAGGUGACCCUGGUUCAGGCUCCGCUCAUAGAGCCUGGUCAGCAGAAGACUUUUAAGAGGAAGAGGUCUCUGAUCAACUGGCCCUUCUGGAGAGGCUCCAACACGCAGCUGGACGGCCUGCCCCUGUCCCCGACUUCGCUCUGCCCCACUCAGGGACGGCUGUUCGGACGACCCCUGAGCUCCGUCUGCUCCGCGGAGCACGGCCUGCCCAAGCCUGUCAUGGACAUGCUGGUGUUCCUGUCCCUGGAGGGGCCGUACACCCGGGGCGUCUUCAGGCGCUCAGCGGGGGUCAAAGCCUGCCGGGAGCUUCGGGACAGACUGGACAGCGGGACAGAGGACCCGGAGAUCACACACCAGUCUGUGUUCGUCAUCGCUGCCGUCCUCAAGGACUUCCUGCGAAAUAUCCCAGGCAGCCUGCUGUGUGUGGAUCUGUACGAGCAGUGGAUGGAUGUGAUGGAGGAGGAGGGAGGGGAGGAGAGGACGCAAGCUGUCCAGAGGUUGCUCCACCUCCUGCCCAGCGAGAACUUGCUGCUCCUGCGACACGUGAUCGGCGUUCUGCACUGUAUCCAAGGCAACGCCCACGACAACCAGAUGAACGCCUUCAACCUGUCUGUCUGCAUCGCUCCCAGCAUGCUUUGGGCUCCAACGCCGAGCACCCCCGAAAUGGAGGGAGAAGGCACCAAAAAGGUGUGUGAGCUCGUUCGCCUCCUCAUAGAGAACUGCAGCAGCCUCCUGGGAGAAGACGUCACCUCGCUGUUCAGAAGCUUCAGCCAGAAGAGCAGCAGCAGCGACCACGGAUCAGAUGUGUCGUCCUUCCAGAUGAACGACUCGUCCUACGACAGUCUGGAGAACGAGCUGAACGACGACCCGGAGUCUCCCUUCCAGGAACAGCUGCCCCUGCGUGACAAGGACAAGCCGGACAGCCGCAGCCGGGACUCCGUCAUCACCCUCAGCGACUGCGACCCCGAUCCCGACCCUGAGAGCGACCUCCUGCUGCAGCUCCCCCCGCUGGCCAGACCCAGGAGGUUCAGCCCGGCGGUCCGACAGCCGCGCGCCCGCCAGGCCAACGGGCCGUCGCAGGGUCCCCGGAGGCUGAGGAGGAGCUCAGAGCCGGCUUUGGCGCUGACAAGCACGCCGCCGUUGGGCACGGUGACCGUUCACGCCGAUGACCUACUGGUGAGGAAGGCGAGCUAUGAUGCCGCCAUGGAGGGGGAGCGGGAGGAGGACGAGGUGUUUCUGGAGCAGGGGCUGAGCGGGCUGCAGCUGAAGGAGGAGGAGGAGGACGGAUGUGAGAAGGGAGGAGCCAAAGUGCAGAGUGGCGGGCGGAGGAAGACGAAGCACGCCCCGCCGCCUCCAUUGCGGCUUGACGCCAGCUGUUCCAGUCUGUCGUCGCCGGCGACCUCGCCGACAGGCUCCUCCCUCAGCUCUUUAGACUCCGCCUUCUCACAGUACUCCACUGACUACGCCACCAAUGGGGCGAUUCCAUUGGCUGAGCCCGCUCCUCUCUCCCCUCUCUUUCCUGGACGGCCCCCGCUGUCACCCAGAGACUCCCCCCCUCAGAGGGAAGCCCCGCCUCAUUGGCCUCAGUCCACGCAGGCCCCUCGGACCAAUCAAACUCCCCCACAUCCACAUGGCCUCCACCCGAACACGUGGCUCAAGAAAGACCGCCGCCUGUCCCUGAGGCAGUCUGAAAACGGACACUCAGAGGAGGACUUUCCUGUGGUGAACGGGAAAACCCACCCAAACAGUAACGGCUACUCCGUCGGUGCCCAGGAGGCCGCCGCGGCGACCCGAAACUCCCAGCGGAGAUCCAGCAGCCCUCCGUCCUACCAGCAGGCGCUACUGCAGCUGCAGCGCAGCCGCUCCCCGUUCUACAGGGGGACGGAGAAGCCUCUGACGGUCCGAGAGCUGAGGCAGCUCCACGACCAGACCUGCACCUACAGACCCCCGAUCCCAGCCUCCCCGAGGAGCGACUCAGUGCAGCCGCCGCAGGGUGUCUUCUACGGACAGAAUGCCACCACUCUGGUCCUCCAGAGGCAAAAGUCCCACUCUCUUACUCCGGCCAUGGAGGGAUACAAAGGGCGCAAGACCCUCCCUCUUCCUCGCCAAGCGUCUGAACCCGCUGACGUCACCCUCCCCUCCGCCAGCCUCACCCUCGACAGACCGUCUAAAGGCCAGCCUCAAGACAGCGGCCUGAGAGUUACAGAGGUGGAGCCCAACCACGCAGAGCCACGCUACUGCCUGUCUCCCUCCGCCACUCGAGCUGUAAGGGACUACUUUUCCUCGCAGGGUCAGGAGGACGCUGAAGCAUGCCUGCGGAGGAGUCAGGAGGUGGCGCUGGCGAUCGUGCAGGGGAAGAGGGAGUGGCAGAGCAGGCGGUGCAGUGACCCGCGAGUGGACGACUUUGACCAGCUUUUUUUUGCAGAAGAGUCUUACGUGUGAAUACGAACUGAGUAGAAACAAACUGAGAGACUGAACUUUAACUGAUGUGUUCACUUCUCUUCGUUGUUGAUGUGAUAGAAUUCCCUCAUAUACGCCCUUUUUCCUUCUGUCCAAUACAAAAAUGUGUUGCAGUUUACUGUAGUGGUACGUCCAAGAUUUUAAAAGGUACAGAUGCACUUUUCGUUUCCAUGUCUCUCCUCCGUGUGGUAGUAAAUCAAUUCUGACUCCUCGUUCAACGUGACAGUGUGACAGUGUGUCUGGCAAACAGCAGAUCGAACGGUUUAAAGUUGCUAUAAUCCACAAUAGUUUAAGUUUAGAAGCUUUUUCGUGUAUUUGACGGUGGCAUUCUGCUGUCAAGAUGCCUGAUUCUGUGAAUUCAUUUCAGAGAAGACAUGAAGAAAAAGUUGGUUUAAUUGGACAUCUGGAUUCCUAAACAAAGCUGUUAAAGCUGUUGUCAAAACUGGUCAGAGUUACAGCAUUUGUGCCAAAAUCUGGUUCUCCUGAGACAUAUUUUUCUUUGGCAGUGUGUCCUCGUUUUGCCUUCCGGUAUGUGUUGUUGCUUUUUUAGCACGUGAAAAAAUGAUGAAGGCUGAGGAGAUUUUCCUAAAUUAAAGAGAAAGAACAAAAAAAAAACUUUUUUCAAUCUCUGGAAGCUUGUGAAAUUUUUUAUUUUAUGGCAUUUCCAAAGCCAGCAGAAAAUCCAUUAAAACUGGCAGAAAAAUCCAGGCUUUGACACAUUUUUGUAAUAAUUUUCUAGCAGCAAAACAUUUCAAAUGUUGUGAAAAAGUUGACUAAAUAUGCAUGUAAAUUCAGAAAAAAAAAACUUUUGAGGGGGGAUACAAAUUUUGGCACAGCUAAUGCUAAAGACGGCCUAAUAUGCUUUUCUUAUAUUUUUUACAGUGAAAAUUUGAUCAUAAAAGUUUCUAAAUGCAAGCAGACGUGUUUCAGCAGAUAUAUGAUCCAAAAUCUUUGGGAAAUUAACAUUAGCAACCAAGUUUCGUUAGCAUGUAUCUACACGUACGAUAGCUGUGUACUUGCAGCCGGGGAUUGACUGAACAGGAAAAAAAAUAGCAACGCUUUCCGCUUUCUACCAUAAAAAAUAACCAGUAAAAGCUUCUCAACAUGACAGCAUGUUCCAGCAGAAAUAUUAUCUGAAAUCGGGGAUUAAUUAACAAAAUCAGGCAACCAAGAUUACACUUUUUCCUGACAUUAGCAUGUAGCUACAUGUAGCAGUGUAAGCUACUUGCAACUGUGAGAUGACUGUAACAGAGUAUAGAGGCAUUUUUUACUGAGAAAAUUUGCAAAGAAAAGUUUCUAAAUGCAAUAGGACAUGUUGCAGCAGAUAUAUCAUCCGAAAUCAGGGAGAAAUCAUCAUCAUAAGCAACCAAGAGUACGUGUUUCCCUGAUGUUAGCAUGUAGCUGCAUGUACUUAGCAGUGUACUCGCAAAAAUAGCGACACUUUCUACCAUAAGAAAAUAACGAAUAAAAGCUUCUAAACUCAGCAGCAUGUGUUCCAGCAGGAAUAUGAUCCAAAACUGGAGAUAAA